GGAACCGGCUAACACCUUUUGGGCAUUCAUCGAGUGGAAUGUUUUUGACAGGCCGACGUAAGCAUGCAAGGGUCUUGUUUGCUGAAUCAAUCACGAAGCCGAGAAACCGAGAUGGCCCACUAAUCAAAAGUCGAAAACCUCGCUCUGUUAACCGAGUGAGAUUUUUCUGCCUGAAGGAAUCACUCGCAGCAUUGGCAAUGAGAUAGGGAAAUGUCGGCCCCAUCAGAUCCAUCAAACACACGCGGCGCGCAGCUGCAAGCCAAACGGCAUACCAAGGUCAAGUCAGGGUGCCGCACAUGCAAAGUGCGGAGAGUCAAGUGUGACGAGGGUCGGCCCGCCUGCCAACGAUGCGUGUCUACGCGCCGAGUAUGCGAGGGUUACGGCAUCUGGGGUGGCGGCAGUCAAGUCUACAGUCCUGCUGUUGCCGCCGCCGCUGCCAGCGCCAAUGCCAAUGCCAUGACAUUGUCGCAGGCCGCCGAGGUCCGGAGACAAACAGUCAGUGAGGCCGAGUACCGCUACCUAGAUUGGUUCAAGGAGCGGGCAAGGAGAAAACUCAUGGGACCUUUUGACUGGAAUUUCUGGGACAAUCUCUUGAUCCAGGCCACUGCAAGCGAGCCAGCCGUCUUGCACGCUGCAUUGGCUAUCAGCACUGCACACCAAGCACGGUUCACAGCUGCCGCCGCGGCACUCGGCAAUGCUAAUCGCAUCCCGUCGAUGGAUACACCUGAUAGCUUGGAGCAGUUCACGCUCGAGCAGUACAACAAAUCAAUCAGGCAUCUCAACCGGCAACCGGUAUCUGGAAGCGGUAGUAAGCCAGCUGUACGCGUUACGCUCAUCACAUGUGCCGUCUUUAUCUGUCUAGAGAACCUACGCGGCAACUAUCGCACCGCAUACAAGCACCUGCAAAACGGCUUGCGUCUUUUGAACCAAAUGCAGCCCUCGCAACCAACAGGGCCAAGGCGCAAAAGGUCAAUGACCUUGGAAGUAGGACCGAAGCAGCAUCGCGAGGUCAUCGACGAUUGGCUCGUCGACACAUUUGCCCGCCUCAGCCUGCAGGCUAUAAUGCUUGGUGGGACAAGCAAUCCCCACCAAGUGGUGCCCCGGACCCUGAGUCCACAGCUAUCCACACACGCAUACGAAUCGGUUGCCCAGGCAAGACUGCACAUUGAUCGUCUGGUGAAUAACAUCAUAUGCUUGCAGGCCGAGCGGGACGCGCAGGAGGAGACCACCACCAAGCAGCUUGAUGAACAGAAGCAGAUUCUAGCCGAGCUGGAGAUAUGGCACAAAGCCUUCAUCACAUAUGAAAAGGAGCAUAUUGGCGUCUACAAAAUCAAAGAACGUAUCGCUGCCACUGUGCUACAUUCUUUUCAUGCCAUGGCGGUCAUGAUGGUAACGACGUGCCUGGGACCCCACAGUGAGAUGAAUUAUGACGCGCUCCUGAAGCACUUCAUAGUCAUCGUUAACGACUCGCGCGAGAUGGUGAAUGUUGUCUAUACUUUUAUCCCCAAGGUCUCGUACGGAGUGUCGCACGUCGACAUUGGAUGGCUCGCGCCCCUGUACUACACCGCAAUAAGAUGCCGCGUCCGUCGGAUACGACACCAAGCCAUCAAGCUUAUGCGUGUAGCUGGCCACAAUGAGGGCUUUUGGGACGCGAGGAUUGCUGCUGGCAUUGCGGCCGGCGUUGUGAAGGUCGAGGAGGGCAACUUCUUCGCGAAUCCCAAGGAGGACGAAGAGCUCAAGAAGCUAGCUGCAUUGGACCCCUUGCCAUCUGAAGAAGAACUUCUAAAGCUACCGGUCCUGCCGGAAAGCCGCAGGCUGCGCAACGUGAAAAUCAUACUUCCCGACAGUCUUGACGAGAAGCUCCAAGUGAAAUGGGAAAGCAAGCUCGAAGAUGGAGAAUGGAACCACAUCACCGAGGAGUAUGAUUUGGCUGAAAUCAAUGACCAUUACCAGUUCGUAAAGUCGGACUGAAUUGGAACGCUGCCAACAAAUGCACAUCGCUCCCAAGAUACCUUUUUAUCCUAUAAAUCUAGUCAUAUCCCCAUGCUGAUUUGAACAGAAAAGAAAGAAAAAGAAAAUAGAACGCCGCUAACAAUGCAACCACUCAAUCUAUUGGCUGUCCUUCCAGAGAUCGUAACCAAAAGUGUCCUUCAUGUCAACAAACCUCGUGGGCUUGCGACCGUUUGCAACUUUCCACAGGUCCUCGUAAUUGGCGUCCGACAGGUCGGGCACUUCAAUGUUAGACUUGAUCCUGGAGGGGGUCGAGCUCUUGGGCAGCACGACGUAACCCCUCUUGACACCCCAGCCAAGCAACGCCUGCGCGAGCGUGAGGUUGCUGCGGUUGGCCACGGCGUUCAGGCCCGGGUCGUCGCGC